AUGUUCGGAAGACUAGUUCACUACGGCUUUGACGCGCUGCUGAUAAGCGCCUUUCUUGCUGGCAUUAAACGAUCAACUGGAUUAACACCGCGACUUUCGAACAUCCCAAAUAAGGAUGUGAGGCGUAAGCCACUUUGUUAUGCCAAGAGAUACUCUCCAAAGACUGACAAUUAUCAACAACCUCCAGAACUUUUGAGGUCAUACCUCGAAGUUGGAGAGUAUGCUUUUGAUUUAGCUGUUGUUUUCUUUGGUCGAUCACCAUCGUUCGAGCGCUCCCGGAGCGGCUAA